AUGCCUACGUACCCCCAGCAUCCAAAGCCUAUACCAGGAAUCUUAGUUUUCGCCAGACUUGCAUUUCUGGACAGCAAGGUUACACAAUGUUAUGGCUGUGGCUACUCCUUGAAGCCAGACGGAACCAUACCCCAUCCACCUGAUGACCUUGUGCUAACUACAAGACUUCACCGACAAUAUUACAAGGCAGGUCAGCAACAAACGUCACCAGAUAUUUCAAAUGUGUACUACCAUGUCAACCCAUUCUGCAUCAGGGUGACCUUUCCUUCCUUCGAGCCAAAUUUAUGGCAAAGACCAGCCGAUCUCCAACCGUUUCUUCUCCAAGAACACAAACAGAUGAUCAUACAAAGGCUUGCUGUAAGGUUCUAGUUGGACUGUGGUCUGUUACGAUCAUGUCACCAUAUCAUGUCCCUACUAUUUGAAACCAUCAGACAUUGAAAACUAAGACUUUUUUAUUGUUAUUGACAAUGUUGAACUGUAGAAUCUGAGAUUGUUACUUUACGAUAUUAUAUGAUACAGAUUACAAUGAUGCUAAAUUAGAUUAUGAAUCUUCUUUGUAGAUUUAUUUGUAUUGCAUACGUUACUGUUAGGAGUUAUGAUACCUCUUUUUUCAAGGUGACAUUUUUUUUAUUGUUAUUGACGUCAUUGAACAGUUCAGAGAUGUAUGUAGCAACUGGGAUUGUUAGUUUAGUAAAAAAGUUAACUCAGUUUUGUUACAAAGCAAAAAUUGUCGGCUCGAGUCUCCAAAGUUAUGUAGUUUUUAUUGCUAUUAAACACCUACAAUACAAUCAUGUUCAUUUCUAGAUACAGCUAUUACUUAACAAUGUUAUAUGAUACAUAUAACAAUGACAGUAAAUUAGUUUAUGAAUCUUACUAAGAGUUAUGUAAGUUUAAGAGUAUAUCAUUAUGUAAGUUAAGAGUUAUGAUACCUCUUAUUUUCACUUGAGAAGUUCUUUGAAUAGUAGAUGAUCGUGUUAAUAGAGUUAUUUUUUUGUGUGUGUGUUUUACAAGUCCGUGGUUUGACUAGUCCGCAUUUUACAAGUCCAGUCCGCGAAAUACAGUAUGCCAAGCAUUUCUACUUCAAUUAAGCAAGCACUGAUUGUGCACACUUUGUUCCUCAAGGAAUGGUUCCAGGUAUCGUUUGCAAGAAAAAACAAUGACAUUUACAUUAACUCUUCUCUUCCCAGUUACUUAUUUUAUGAGAAACUCAUUAACUUUAGUAUUUUUGUCAUUCUUUAUUACCUGAUAAGAAUUUUAUAUGUUUUUCAAUUUCUUCUAUCUUUCUACGGCUUGUAAAUAGUUCCAGCUAUUGGUCUAGGAUAUUUCAAAUGACUGCAGCAUUUCCCGCAAAUUGUAAAUUGUGUAGAAAAUUAUCACUUUUUUUCGCUCUUAUUUCUUCUCCUUUUUCCUGUGCUCAUCAAAGAUGAAGAAGUCCAAUCUACCAUUAAACAUAAUGACAAUUUCAUGUGUCUACUGAAACACACGGUCCAGAGGAGUUUCGUGUGAAUAAAUGAAAUACUUACUUAAGUCUCACCUUGAAAAAUGUCUAUACCUGUCGCUUAGCACGAUUAAUUAGCCCAAUGGGAUCUUUAUGAAUGUACUGUAAACGAUUUCUUCCCUUCUUAUCUGACCCAGAUCGACUUUGUUGUUCACCAUUUUGAAAAUCAAUAGG